CACAGAUCAUCAUGGCACUGAUGAUCAGUGUGCCCUGAUGAUCAGUGUAGCCCCAGCAGUGCCACCUGUCAGUGUCCAUCAGUGCCUUGUGUCAGUGCCCAUCAGUGCCACAUCAAUGCCACAUAUCAGUGCCUACCAGUGCACAUCACAGUGCACAUCAAUGCCACAUAUCAGUGCCCAACUGAGCUGCCUUUCAGUGUCACCCAUUAGUGCCAGUCAGUGCCACCUAUCAAUGCCAACCAGUGCCACCUAUUAGUGCUGCUAAUCAGUGCCACCUAUCAGUGCCAGUCAGUGCCACCUAUCAGUGAGCAUCAGUGCCGCUUAUCAGUGUGCAUCAGUGCCGCCUAUCAG